AUGAACGUCAUCCAGACCCAACACUUGUGUCCAAACCAUCUGGUUUCCUCAACGUUAGAGUUGAAAAAACCUAAGCGUCCGGCCGCCCAUCGGGUCCUCGACAUUGUCCCUGCGACGAUGGGGUCCUCAAGAAUGGUCAUGCGACGCUUCACAAAUUCGUCAAGGGAAUCUGAGUGUCAUCUCAAUGAUCCGGACCCUGACAUUCACUGGACCUCUGAGUUUGACCGACUGUUCCCUGGACGCCUUUUCAUGGGUCGAAGGGACCCAAGCGUCCUAAGAACAAUGAAGGUCCCAACCAUCUUGGUCGGCUACAACGUCAACAAGUGGCGCCUGUUGGAUGACUGUUACACCACCGACGGUGAAACCCUGACGUUCCCUUGCGGUCCCAGUGGUUGUUGGGACGCAGGAUUUUUGCCAGAGUUUUGGGAACGUCGGGGGAUCUCUCGAUCGCUCCUGUGGUGUAUUUUGCUGCUUUGA